GCAAGCACACACCAGUUGAGCUAAUCUUAGCCACCCAACAGCGAAGCAGCUAAACAAGCUCGAGCUCGCCGUGGAAUGGAGGCCGAGAUGUACGUCCACCACGCCGAGCCACUCCGGGCGAACACUGCCACGUGCAUCCCGAGGCUACGCGGUGGCAGCGUCCGGCGUCGGCCGCCCCGGGGCGCCGCUCCGGCCCCCGCUGCGUCGGCGUCCGUGAUGGACCGCGUCAGGGACGUCCUGCUACGGCUGGCGAUGCUGUCGGCGGCAUCCUCGUCGUCGCCCAAGGCCGGCACUCGCCUCCAGCAGCACACGACGGCCGCGGCGCCGACGAGGGCGGCGUCGGUGCGCAUGAGCCCGUCCUACUCCGAGUCGUACCCGAGCGACGCCGUGGACGACUGCAUCGAGUUCCUCAAGCGCUCGGCGGCCGGCAAUGGCGCCGUCGUCUCUGCCCCUGCUGGAGCUGCCCCGGCGCAGUCGGCCGUGAGCUCGGCCCCGCCGCCGUCGCCGUUGCACGCGUGAUCUGCAUCCAUGUGACGUGCCACUAGCUGGAAUCUUAAUUAUUCUGCAAGAUCCACGCAUGAGUUGGUGUGUGUUUGACUGUUCGUACAUGUGGAUGUUUGUUGGGUGGUGGUUGCAUGCAUGUGUAGUGUGGUAGAUGUUGGCGUACGUGUUGGAUGUAUAUAACCAAAGUUUUGUGCAAGUUUACCCCAACUUGUCAAGUGGAGUUACAAUAUUGCAUGUAUCUGUGGGUGGUUAUGUGGAA